CAAAGAAGGAUACGUUAGGAUAGAGAAUGUAACCUUCCUAUUCCUUGACCCACCCCUUUUUUUAAGUAUAAGAAACUGAGGCAAACUUGGAUCUUUCAUACACACUUAAGAUAUCUUCAAUAUCACAAAUCCUUUUUGUACAGCAUCCAGAGUAAUGUCCAUAACCUCAGUAGCGAACAAGUUUGAAUGUCAGCCAUUGGACAGCAUGGCCUUUGUUCGAGAGCCUGUUAAUACCCAAAUAAAGUGGAAGAACUCCUUAGUCUACAUAAUUGGUGCUGUGAUGGUUGGAUUGUGUUUGGCGACAAUGUUUUUUUUCUGUUUCCAUUUCAACCGCAGGGUAAGUAAGACAUUUUUUAUUUCUUUUUUAUUUGUAAAUUUUAUAAAGUUGAAAAAUAUGCAAACUUCUGUAUCUGUUUUUAUUGUUUAUCUUAAAUAAUAAUAAAAAAGAUCAACUCAGUGCUGUACUGUGGGGUAGAGAUACACGUGUUGCAUAUUAAAUAACUCUUAGAAAUUAACAAUUGCUGCACCUAUAGUGCUAAAAUCUGGUAUUUUAUAAAUGUUUAUAAUCAUGAUGACAAUAACUAUAAGUGCCAAAAACGUAAAAUAUAAUCCUACUGCUCAUUUAGUAAAAGUAAAUGUUAUUUUUUUUUAUUAAUGCUGCAAGCUGGUAAAAAUGCAGCUUGUCAGAGUGCAAUGAAAACAGCAGCACAGCCUUCAGCCAAUCAGCAGAGAGCAGCCUUUCACUGUGCGAACUUCAUUCAUUACAGGGAAAUAAAAUGCAAUAUAUAUAUAUAUAUAUAUAUAUAUAUAUAUAUAUAUAUAUAUAUAUAUAUAUAUAUUUAUUAGUAAUAACAUGGGCUGCUCUCACAGAUUCUUUAUUUCAUCAUGGUGAAAAAUAGAUCAACGUUUCGGUCCGCACAGGGACUUUCUUCAGGAUCAAAUGACAUGUGCAGCCCAUGUUAUUACUAUUUUUUGAAUAUCAAUAUCCCCAAGGACUGGCACCCGGCAAGUAAAUAACUAAUAUGUUUGCAAUUUGAAGCUUGAGUGCAAGGAUUAAUCAAAUUUAUAUAUAUAUAUAUAUAUAUAUAUAUAUAUAUAUAUAUAUAUAUAUAUAGUUUUGUACUUAAAUCAUUUAAAAUGUGUAUUUUCAAUCAGAAUUUUAUAAUUUCUGAUUCUGAUUCUAAUUCUGAUUCUGAGGACAAAGUUCCCGAGGCCCUCAUCUUUCCAAAUUCCAUCAGUAAACAGAAAUAGCAACAGACUGAGAAUCUUUUUCUUCUUAUCUCCUGUUCAUGUCGGAGAAAGUAAACAAUCUUCAAUUGAUAUAAACAGAGUUUCUCACUGUUUCAAUAUCAAUUAGAUAUCAUAGCUGAGUGAGGCUUAAAUAUUUGCAUUCCAAGCAUAUCUCUUGUUAUUAAACUGGAAAAGAGACACAUUCCCUCAUCUGUAAUCUUUGAAACUAAAAAAUGAAAAAUAAUUUAUAGACACAAGUAGCUGCACAUAUUUCAUAUUGCACUUAAAUUAGAGGUAAACAUUAAAUUCUGGAGGAGAGCCAGCUGUAAACAAGAAGAUUAGUGCUAUCUGUAAAGCUACUGUCUCAUCACAACAAAAACGUCACAAUAAAAGGCUAGCAUUACCUGCCAGAUGAAGGUUUAAACUGCACCAUACAAGCAUUUGUCUUGGUCUUUGGAUUGGGGAUUAUACACCAACCCAGAUCUACAGCCUAUUAUAAAUAUAUUUACAUACCAAUGUCGGUAAGCUGCAAAAAGACAUUUAUCAAGUUUAACUUCUAACCGACCGCGGACGUAUCAGGUACGUCCGACAAAAAACGAUCCUUAAGGACCGCGGAUAUAUCAGGUACUAGAGCGCUGGAAGUGAUCAUGAUCGCUUCCAGGUGCUCUGAUGGUAUUGAAGCUAUGCCUCGAUGUCGAGGCAUCCUGCAAUAUCCCCCCCCCCCCCACUGCCGGGCCACUGGGUGAUUGCUCCCCUGGAGCAAUCACUUCUGGGUUACCCCACGUGGUGCCCAGCAGUAAAGCAGAGUAUCGGAAGCCAUCAGGCAGGCUUCCGAUGCUCUGCCUGUGCUGAGUUCCUCGAGUGGUUGAGGCAAUCAGUGAAGAAAAAUAAAAAUUAAAUUUAAAAAAAUAUAUUAAACCCCUCCCCAUACCCUCCCUCUCCCAUUCCCAAGUACUUACCCGAUAGCCACCAUUCCCCAGCCGACGAUCAGUGUUCGUCUUCACUGGGAGUACUGUCUGACAGCCUAGACAGUCCCUCUUUGGCAAAAUAGGACCCCAAGGACCAUGUGAUCACUCUGAAAAAGCAGUCACAUAGCCGCAAUAGUCGUCCAUAGUGUUGCCUGCAGGCGGACUGCUGAACUGACAGUUUAAAAAAAGUUUUAAAAUAAAAAAAAGUUUAAUAAAUGUAAAUAUAUAUAUAUAUAUAUAUAUAUCUUAAAACGUCAUACUAAGUGUAUUUUUUUAUUAAUAUAUACAUAUAUUAAUAUAAAAAUACACUUAGAGUAACAUUACACAUGUGUGUAUAUAUAUAUAUAUAUAUAUACAUAUAUAUAAUAUAUAAUAACUAUAUAUUGUAUAUAUAUUAUAAAAAAUAAAUAAUAAUUAAUUUAAAAUACAUUUUAAAAAAUUUAAAAAUAACAAUUUUAAAAAAUUAUAUAUAUAUAUAUAUAUAUAUAUAUAUAUAUAGAUGUAAUUUUAUUCUAACUGUAUUUUGAUAUAUAUAUAUAUAUAUUUAUAUCAAAAUAAACUUAGAAUAAAAUUAUAUUUAUAUCUAUGUAUAUAUAAAUAAAUAAAAAUAAUAUGAAAUAUACAUUUGUCCAUAUACAUAAUUGCAUAAAUAAUUUCAUAAAUGUACAUAUAGACUUCAAAUAUAUAAAUGUGUAUAUAUUUAAAUUCUACGUUCUCUGGCAGUAACCCUUCAAGUUCUCAGUACAUGUAUUCUUAAAAUGCUAUGUGUGUUAAAAAAUCACCAUUUUUUUUUUUAAUUUGGCAUAGAUUGGUGGUAAAAUGGUUACAUGAAAAGAGUCAAAAUACCCCACGUUUAAUACCUUAGAUUUUCUUCUUUUAAAAAAUAUAUACAUGUGAAGGGUUAUUCAGGGAUUCCUGACAGAUAUCACUGUUACAAUGUAACUUACGUUAAUUUAAAAAAAAAAAAUGGUUUGGAAAUAGCAAAGUGCUACUUGUACUUAUAGCCCUAUAACUUUCCAAAAAAGCAAAGAACAUGUUAACAUUGGGUAUUUCUAAACUCAGGACAAAAUUUAGAAACUAUUAAGCAUGGGUGUUUUUUGGCAGUUAUAGAUGUGUAACAGAUUUUGUUGGUCAAAGUUCAAAAAAGUGUGUUUUUUAAAACAAUUUCAUCAUAUUUUAAAUUUUUUUUAUAGUAAAUUAUAUGAUAUGAUGAAAAUAAUGGUAUCUUUAAAAAAUAUCGUUUAAUGGUGAGAAAAACGGUAUAUAAUAUGUGUGGGUUCAGUAAAUGAGUAAGAGGAAAAUUACAGCUAAACACAAACACCACAGAAAUGUAAAAACAGCCCUGGCCCUUAAUGGUAAGAAAAUUGAAAAGCAGUCUGGUCACUAAGGGGUUAAACUUCCUCACAUCUGUUUUGCAAACAAAAAAACAGGUUGAAGCACCUUGGAAUUUUGAUACUAGAAAAAUAAAAUUAUUCCGAAAACCUAGAAUGGCAGUCAGAUCACUCCUUGGAUCAAAAAGUUGUUUCCUACAUAUUAAAUAUAAUUGCCCUGAAUAUCAUGUUUUUUCAAGAAUUCACCCAGUUCCUGUUUAAAAAUGAACACCCUUUACCAGCUACGUCCCACUUUUGUCCUAUUCCAAAUAUGAGACACCAGAGACUUAUUAGGUUCCCUUGCACUGCAUAAAAGGAACCCAAUUUUUUUCCCCAUCUAAGAGCCCCUUAACAUGGUUCUGCACACGGGAUGCCCUGGCUGAGCAUCUAACUAACAUACUCAUGUUUGGGUGAGAAUGUUUGUCAUUGGUAAUGACACAAUACACCCUCUCUGUGUUUCCAACCCUCAUAUUGGGCAUCUGUACCUUUAAAAAGCCAGACCAAAUUUCUGUCUUAGUCCAGCCCUAUCUUCACAUAAGAAAUCUGGGAUAACAACCACCUCAAACACGAGGAUCAGUAUAUGAAGCAAAGCUUACUAUGAGCUAUGCUAUCUCUCCACUUCAAAAUCUGCACACAAGACAGCAGUGUUGCUAAUGGGUUACAGUGAAUAAUAGUAACAAGCAUACAGAUGUGUUUGAUUUGUACCAUCCCUAACCUCACCAAACACUUUCACACGACACAAAAGGGAUUCUAGGGUUCACUAGUCCAAGAUGAGCAGCUGAAACUCAUAUUCACAAAAAAACGUGAGAAACACAUUCACAUUGCAUCUCCUUUUAGUUAGUGGAUGUAGCAAAAUAUAGUCACUUCUUUGUACAAACUAUGCUAGUAAAAACUGCAAAAAAAGGGCUUUCUUUUUAAUGUUCUCGUAUUUAAAGAUAUCUCCUGCUAAGUUGUAUUAAUUACUUGGCUAUUUUAGGCUGAAUUACUGAAUUUAUAUUUCAAUUUGAUAUAUACACUGUGACAUUGAAUUAUUUAAUCAAAAAGCAAAAAUGUACAAAUCAAUCUAGCAUAAAAGUAUACAAUUAAACUUUUCAAGACAUUUCCAAAGAUUUUUAUUUUUUUUAUUUUUUUAUCAUGAGGUUAUAAAAACAUUCUCUGUUUCUGUAGGGAGCAUAUUCAGCUCAGCAGGAGAAAUGCUUUCUAGAUAUUGAAUACAUUUAAACAGCUUGAAAACAUGGUUUAAUAAAAAACAUAGAGGAAAUAUGUUCAGUAAGGAGUGACUUGAUGGCAGAUUUACAUAUGUGACGCCUUUAUACUCCCAAUAUUUUAGCAAUUGUAAAAUUGAAUUAAAUCAUUUGUAAUAAUUUAUUGGUAAUAAUUCAGGUAUGAUAAAAUAUCAGGAGUAUAAAGUUUUAGAUCCAUUUUUAUCUAGUAAGUGUCCUUAGUGCAAUAUAAUUUAUAUUGCGCUAUAAUGCUAACACAAUGGAGACUUUAAGGUUUAGUAAUGUAAUUAUAAUGAUUUUGAUUUAGAACUUUACUUAUUUCUUUUUUUGUAUCAUUUAUAGCCAUAUAGUGUAUCUCUUUAAGGGGACACUUUAGUCACCAGAACAACUACAGCUUAUUGCAUUUGUUCUGGUGAGUAGAAUCAUUACCUUCAGGCUUUUUGCUGUAAACACUGUCUUUUCAGAGAAAAUGCAGUGUUUGCAUUGCAGCCUAGUGAUAACCCCACUGGCCACUCCUUAGAUGGCUACUAGAGGUGCUUCAUUGGGCAGUGCUGCAGAGUAAGCAGCACUGACAUUCAAUGUCUCCACCCUCUGCAUGCAGGCACUGAACUUUCCUCAUAGAGAUGCAUUAAUUCUAUUCAUUUCUAUGAGGAAAUGCUGAUUGGCCAGGGCUGGGUUUGACUUAUACUGGCUCUGCCCCUGAUCUGCUUCCUUGACAGUCUCAGCCAAUCCAAUGGGAAGCCAUGUGAUUGGCUCAGACCACCACUUCUGCUGGGUAGGUCAGAGGCAAAUAGGGGCAGAGCCAACAGCUACAUGAAUACAAGUAAGAUUUUACUAUAUUUAGGGAGGCAAGAGGCGGUCAGGGGGGCUAGAUGGUGGCUUUAACACUGCAGGGUCAGAACUACAUGUUUGUGUUCCUGACCCUAUAGUGCUCCUUUAAGUUCCCAAAUGACUACAACUCAGAGUCUCCAGUUAGGCACAUUUUCUUCAUGGAAUAUAAUACUUCCAAGAUAUUGUACACUAUUUAUUCACUUUUGGAUGAUCCUUUUUUUUUUUGCUUUUUUGUUUUUUGUAUAAGCUAUUGCCAUUAUUACAGGAGUGUAUAUUCCCCUACUCCAUCUCUCUCUCUUUUUCCUUUUUUUUUUUUUUUUUAGAUGGACAUGUGAGGGUUAACCCCUGUGGGCUUUUUUGUUUGACUUGAUUGAACACAUGUGCUUGCACUUUUUUGAUUUGUUUUAUCUUGAUGUGUACACCUAUAAAGGAUUUUACAUGUUGCCCUUUAUUCAUGGCUUAAUACAGACAUAGCUACUGUCAAAACAUUGUCAACUUUCAUGGAUAGCAGAAUAAAUCAGCAUUACAUAAUGGAACGCUGUGUGCUGUAGUAUUAAUCCUUUUUUUAUAGUUUAAUAGUCUGUGGAAUAAGAAUCUGGACUUUUGCCACAGGCACCAUGUAUAUUUUCAAUUGUGCCCCUGGAAUUAUUGAAUUUCAAAUAGUUUUUCAUUGUCAGACCACUGUUUGAAUGCUAUCAGAAAACAUAAUGCAGAGCCCCAGUCAGUCUGCUUCUGUCUGCCAAUCACAUUUUGUUUUCAUUAUGUUUACUCAACAUUUGAAAUUGUGGAAAAUUGGCAAGGAAAAUAGAAAACAUAAAUAAAAAUAGACUCUUUGGAAAAUUCCUCAAGUCAGCUAUUUCUCUAAAAUGUUCUAAAUCCAUUGUUAGUUCUCUAUAAUUCCCAAAUUUAGUAAAAUUCAUAUAUGCAAAGCUGUUGGUUUUAUAGAAUUAGACACUAAGAACAAUUAUUUAUAAUACUACAUUUAACUGAAAGAGACUUUAAUAAAAAGUAUGCAAGAUCAUGAGUCUCUUUUUUUAUGACCUUACAGGCUAAAGAUGAGUGCUAUGCCCAUGCAGAGAUUGGUGAGUAACUUACCCAUUUGACAUUUUUUUUGUUUUUUGGUCUUAUUGAAAAUAUAAAAUAAAAUUGACAGUAUUUUGCAGUGCUUUAAUUAUCUCAACAACAUUUUCAAGAACCCACAUAAUAUUGCUUUUGAAUGAUUGCUUAAACAGUGUUAUGUAUUUUAUAAAUAUGUAUAAUUUUUACAUGUAUAAUAAAGGCAUGUACCCUUUUCAUUUAUGCUCACUAACUAAAUUGUGUAAUAAUCACUUUGCAUUAUGUUGUAUAAUCAGAAGGUUGAAAAUAUAUGUAUUUACUAACCAGUAAUUUCUCAAUACCUCACAAGCUAAUUGCAAAAUUUAAGGAAGAGUUGCCAUGGACUGACCAUAAGGUCAAGAAGACAAGCACCUGGUGGGUUUAGUUUCACGUUUAUUGUUUGGCAUGCAGUUCUGCUGGUCCAACAUUAAUUGUAUGUGGCAGGGCCGUAUUGGGAGAAAAAUUCGGCAUGGGCAUGUUGGUGCAAUUCUCUUCCAGGGAAGCCUAUGCGCAGAGCCAUGCUGAAGAGCUCUUGAAUGAGAAAAGGGCUCUGUGUUUGUUCUGCACAGUGCAAGCAAAUGUAUUAACAUGCUUGCGCUGUGUUUGCUUGUGACUUGUCUCUGGUGUCUCCUUAAGUGGAAUACCAGAGGACAAAGGGGCCAGGAAUGCAUAUUGUGUGCAUGUGCUUGGAGCCUGCUUGUGGGAUUGUGUUUGUAGAGUGAGCUGAUAGUAGUGUGGUGCUUUGUCUAAAUAGGUUGGCUUCAGUUUUGUUGUGUUUGUGGUGUAAUAUAUGUGCUAGUGGCUCUAGAGAAUGAGAGUGUGUGUAUGUAAAGAGGGCAUAGUGUGUAUAGGGGAUAUAAUGUAUGUGUGUCUAGGUGAUAUAGUAUGUGUAGGCAUUGUAAAGUGUGUGUGUGUGUGUGUGUUUAUGUAAUGUAGUAAGGGUAAUAUGUGUUUGCAUAGGGGAUCCAGAGUGUGAAUGUCAGAAAUGUAGUGUAUGUGUAGAUUGUGCAGUGUGUGCUUCUAGGGGAUCUAUUGUAUGUGUAGGGGAUCUAGUGUGUGUGUGUGGAGGAUCCAGAGUGUGUAUGGGAGAUUUAGUGUGUGUGUGUGUAUAGAGGAUGUAGAGUGUUUAUAGAGAUUCUAGUGUGUGUAUGUGUAGAGGAUCCAGAGUUUAGGUGUAGAUGAUCUAGUGUGUGUGUCUGGAAUGUAAUGUGUGUAGAGGCAGGGUCGGCGCCACCGUUAGGUGAACUAGGCAUUCACCUAGGGUGCCGGCUUGCUGGGAGCGCCCACCUGGAUUUUUUCUGGUAGGCUGCCCCUGUCUUGGGCUGCAGCACAAGACAGGGCCCCCCCCUCACGGCGCUCCUCCAGGGGCUCGAAGCUUGGGGCGCCCAAAGGAGCCCUGUCACAGUAUGGCACAGCACCUUCUUACCUUAAUGACAGGUGCCUAUUCUGCCAUAAAAUGCCGGUGACCAGAGGAGAGGGGGACGGAGCAGGCAGGCGGCAAGGGAGGCUCUUCUUGCAGCCUCUCACUCCUCCCUCGCAUGCCCUCUGUGAUGCCGGGAGCCAUAAUAUGACAUCAUUCCGGCCCCGGCAUACUAAACAGCGGGCAGGAGGAAUCAGGAGCUGCCCCACACUGGACCCCAGGGAGAUGGGUGUUUGAGUGUUUGUCAGUGAGUAAGUGUCUGCCUGUGUGUGCGUCUGUGUCUGUCAGUGAGUGUAUGUAUUUCAGUGAGUGUAUGCAUGUCAGUGAGUCUGUCAGUGACUGUGUAUGUGUGUGUUUGUGUGUGUGUCAGUGAAUGAAUGUCUGUCAGUGUGUGUCUGUGUGUGUGUGUCUGUGUCAGUGAGUGUCAGUGAGUGAGCACAUGUCUGUCAGUGAGUGUGUGUGUGUGUGUGUGUGUGUGUGUGAAUAUCUGUCAGUGAAUGUGUGUGGGAGUGUGUGUCUGUCUGCCAGUGAGUGUGUGUCUGUCAAUGAGUUUCUGUGUAUGUGUGUCAGCGUGUGUGUGUCUGUCAGUGAGUGUCUGUCAGUGAGUGACAUGAAGGGAUGGCAAGAUGGAUCUUUGCCUAGGGCAGCAGAAAUCCUUGCACUGACCCUGUGUAAGGGUGCAGUGUGUGUGUGUGUGGGGUGCAGUAUGUGUGAGGGAUCCAGUGUGUGUGAUGGGUGCAGUGUGUGUUUGUGAGAGGUGUACAGAGUGUGUGUUAGGAGUGCAGUGUGUGUGACGGGUUCAGUGUGUGUGAGGUAUUCAUUGUGCAUUUGUGUGAGGGGUGCAGUGGGUGUUGGGGUGGUUAGUGUGUGUGUGAGGGGUCCAGUGUGUGUGAGAGAGGUCAGUGUGAGUGUGUGAGGGGUGCAGUGUGUGCGGAGGAACAGUGUGUGUGCUUGGGGGGGUGCAGUUUGUAUGUGGGGGGAGGUGUAGUGUGUGUGAGGGGAGUGCAGUGUGUGUGUGUAAUGUGUGUGUGUGUGUGUGUGAAUGUGUUGGGAGUUACAAUGUGGGACAGAUUAAAGAUUUUGGAUUUGUGCUGCCCGAGGCAUGACUUAAUUCAGACACCCCCCUAAUCUAAAUUUGCCCCACCAACUUGUGUCAAUGCCACUUUUUUGACUGAAAGACACACACCCUCAUUGAUACAUGCACUGACAUAAACUCACUGACUGAUACACAGUCAUUGGCGCACACACACAGUCAUUGGCACACACAUUGUUUAGCCAACACACACUUUCACUGACAGACACACCUUGACACACCCACUCACUGACAGACACACAGUCACAGAAACAAAUACACUGACACACACUCACAGACACACACAUCCUAACUGAUUUGACUGACUCUGACAGGCACACACACAUUCACUCACUCACUCACUCACUCACACACACUGACAGCUAAACACACACUGACAGCUACAAGCACUCACCCACAGACCUAUACAAACACACAUUCACAUUCACUGACAGAAACACACACUGACAGACACUGACUUCUGCUGGGCUGGCUGGGCAGGCUCCUUGCUGGCUUUGCUGGGGCUGCUGCGGUUGCUGGUACUGCUGCCUGGGCUAACUCUGCUGGAUGUGCGGGUGCUUUAUGGAGGCAGCAAGGGAACUGAGCUAUGCUUGCUUAGCUCCCUCGCACGCUGCUUAGUGAUGCCAGGAGCAGUGACAUCAUACUUCUGCUCCCAGGAUCACAAAAGGGCGUGCAAGGAAGCAGGAAGUGGUGAGGACAGCACUCCCUCGUCGCCAGUUUAACACCUCGGGGGGUCCUAAGGUGGCCAGCCGGCCAGCUCUUGGUCCCCCCAGGACAUGAGGCUAACAAGGCAUUUGCCGCCACCCACCUUAAAGUGCCGCCCUAGGCAAAUGCGUUGUUUGCCUUGUGGUAAAUACAGCCCUGAUUGUAGAUUGGAUUAGCCGUAUUAGAGAAACUGGCCUUAAACUGCAUCUCAGAAUGAGUCUACACAGACACUCAAUCAAGAACCACAAGAAAAAUGGAUAUUGUACCUCUGUUGGUCAUCACUUCACCCAGACUGGUCACUCCAUGCAAAACCUCAGGAUUAAAGUUCUUAAAGGGAAUUUCAAAGGCUCUCAUGAAUGAAAGACAUUUGAGAUGAACAUGAUCACACAUUUCAACACCAGAAAUGAAGGACUUAAUCUAGAUUCUGGCUUUCUCACACACUACUAAACACUUUCUAUAAACAAACAUCUUAAUGUCUUAUAUAGUUCUUUUUCAAUAUUCGCGCUUCACCUUUACUGAAUCAAUUUAUAUACAUACAUAUAUGCAGCUAUUUACUAGCAUGCCCUGCUCUGCUGUUUUCUUGUUGUUUUUUUUUCUUUCUGUUUUCUUUUCAACUAGCUUAUUAACUCUCCUCUGUUAACCCCUUAAGGACCGAGGACGGUUCAGGACCGUCAUCGGCAUUUUUGCCUUGCCGACCGAUGACGGUCCUGAACCGUCCAAACGGUCUGGGGCUACUUACCUGAUCGCCGUCGUUCCCCCGGCGGCGAUCAGUGUUCCUCCGGUUGUGGGGAGACUGUCUGCAGCCCAGACAGUCUCCCCACGGCAGAUUAGGACCCCUGUGGCCAUGUGAUCGCUUAACACAGCGAUCACAUGGUCACAAUAGGUGUCCAUGUGUCUGCCUGCAGGGGGACUGUCUGUGCUGACAGGCAGUCUCCCUGCUAGUGUAAAAUCAAAAAAUAAAUUAAAGUUAAUGGUAAUAAAAAAAAUAAUAAUAAUUAUAUAUGUAUAAAUAUGAUAUAUAGACAUAUAUUAUAUCUAUAUAAUAUAUGUCUAUAUAUCAUAUAUAUAAUACCAUACUAAGUGUAUUUUUAUAUUAAUAUGUACUUAUAUUAAAAUAAAAAUACACUUAUAAUUAAAUUACACACGUAUAUAUAUAAUAUAUAUAAUAACUAUAUAUAUUGUAUAUAUAUAUUAUUAUAAAAUAUAAAUAAUAAGUAAUUUAAAUUAAAUAAUUUUUUUAAAUAAUAAUAAAAAAUGUAAAAAAAUUAUAUAGCUAUAUGAAAUUUUAUUCUAACUGUAUUUUAAAAUUAAUAUAUAUAUAUUUAUAUCAAAAUACACUUAGAAUGAAUUUGUAUAUAUAUCUAUGUAUAUAAAAAUAAAUAAAAAUAAUAAGAAAUAUACAUACGUCCAUAUACAAAAUUACAUAAAUAAUUAUAUAAAUAUACACGUAGACUUCAAAUAUAUAAAUAUGCAUAUAUAUUUAAAUUCUACGUGCGUAUUUAUGUAAUAUUUUUACAUAAUUCAGUAAUUUUAUUGAUUGCAAUUUGAGGGACCUGCCUGCCAACCCAGGCCGAAAUUCCAGAGAAUUUAAUUUGCUAGCACUGUAUUUUACCCUGUAACGUUCUACGACACCCUAAAACCUGUACAUGGGGGGUACUGUUUUACUCGGGAGACUUCGCUGAACACAAAUAUUAGUGAUUCACAACAGUAAAACAUAUCACAGCGAUGAUAUUGUCAGUGAAAGUUACUUUUUUUGCAUUUUUCACACACAAACAGCACUUUUACUGAUGAUAUAAUUGUUGUGAUACGUUUUCCAGUUUUUAAACACUAAUAUUUGUGUUCAGCGAUGUCUCCCGAGUAAAACAGUACCCCCCAUGUACAGGUUUUAUAGCAUUUUUGAAAGUUACAAGGUCAAAUAUAUGGGUCAAAUAUUUUUACAUUGAAAAUGGCCAGGUUGGUUACGUUGCCUUUGAGAGCGUAUGGUAGCCCAGGAAUGAGAAUUACCCCCAUGAUGGCAUACCAUUUGCAAAAGAAGACAACCCAAGGUAUUGCAAAUGGGGUAUGUCCAGUCUUUUUUAGUAACCACUUGGUCACAAACACUGGCCAAAAUUAGCGUUCAAUUUAGUUUUUUUACUUUUUUCACACACAAACAAAUAUGAAUGCUUACUUUGGCCAGUGUUUUCGACUAAGUGGCUACUAAAAAAGACUGGACAUACCCCAUAUUGAAUACCCUGGGUUGUCUACUUUAAAAAAAAUAUGUACAUGUGGGGUGUUAUUCAGAGAUUUAUGACAGAUAAUAGUGUUACAAUGUCACUAUUGAUAAAUUUUAAAAAUGUAUGUUUUGAAACCGCAAUAUCCUACUUGUACCUAUAGCCCUAUAACAUGCAAAAAAAAGCAAAAAAGCACGUAAACACUAGGUAUUUUUAAACUCAGGACAAAAUUUUGAAUCUAUUUAGCAGUUUUUUUCAUUCGCUUUUGUAGAUGAGUAAAAGAUUUUUCAAGUAAAAGUCAAAAAACAUGUAUUUUUUUCAAUUUUUCAUCAGAUUUUUGUAUUUUUUUUAAAUUAAAAUACAUGAGAUUAUAUAAAUAAUGGUAUGUAAAGAAAGCCCAUUUUGUCCUGAAAAAAAACAAUAUAUAAUUUGUAUGGGAACAGUAAAUGAGAAAGCGGAAAAUUACAGCCAAACACAAACACCACAAAAGUGUAAAAAUAUUCCUGGUCGCAAAUGUACAACAUCGCAAAAACAGUCCAGUCCUUAAGGGGUUAAUUUACUUUUUCUUGAUAUUCUCAGCCAACCUACACCUUUCACUUUCAGGCACAUCUUCUGCUGUUUAUGACACCCCCACCCCUUCUCUAACAUCAGUUGUUUUAAAGGGACACUAUAGUCCCCAGAACAACUACAGCUUAUUGAAUUUGUUCUGGUGAGUAGAAUCAUUCAUAUCAUUCAUUCACCUUCAGACUUUUUGCUGUAAACACUGUAUUUCAGAGGAAAUGCAGUGUUUACAUUACAGCCUAGUGAUAACUUCACUGGCCACUCCUCAGAUCUAUAUUAGAGAUCCUUCCUGGGUCAUGGCUGCCUAAAAUGCAUCCAAACAUUCAGUGUCUCCUCCCUCUGCAUGCAGACACUGAACUUUCCUCAUAGAGAUUCAUUGAUUCAAUUCAUCUCUAUGAGGAGAUGCUGAUUGGCCAGGGCUGUGUUUGAAUCAUGCUGGCUCUGCCCCUGAUCUGCCUCCUUGUCAGUCUCAACCAAUCCUAUGGGGAAGCAUUGUGAUUGGAUCAGGCUACCACUUCUGAUGAUGUCAGCAGACUGCUUGUUUUUUUUUUUUUGAGGCAAACAGCAUGCAGAUCAACAGCUCCUGGCUUGAAUACAGUAAGAUUUUGCUAUAUUUAUGGAGGCAUGAGGGGCCAUGGGGGGCUAGAUGGUGGUUUUAACACUAUAGGGUCAGGAAUACAUAUUUGUGUUCCUGACCUUAUAGUGAUCCUUUAAGUGUUAAACUCUAACAGAUUGAUCAGUAUUGCUUCAGACUUGAAGAAGAGAGGAAAACUCUUAAAAGCUUGUCUUUGAAAUUUUAUGUUAGUCCAAUAAAAACGGUAGCAUUGCAUACUGCAAUACUCUGGUAUUUUGGCAUUAUAUAUAUUAAUAUAUAUAUAUAUAUAUAUAUACAACCAAUAGGUAAUCCUUGCACACUCGCUUAAUAUAGUAUUCACCGGCUCUUUGUAAUCCAGAGAAAAAUAUAUAGAUUUGAAAUAGUGAUCAGCACUCACUGUCUUGUAGUAAUUUAAAAAGUUCAAGCUUUAUUAUGAAUCCAUUAAAAGUUCGAUCAUAAGAUCAACGUUUCAGUCCCCUCUGGGACUUUCAUCAGGUCAGGCAUAAAUAAAACAAUAAAGAGAAGACAUUUAUAUAGACAGGAAAAUCAAAGAAUAUUGACUUACCCCAGGUGAUGGGAGUGAUGUCUCUAGCAUUUCCCUGUGCACAGUGCGCAUGUGUGAAUAGAGUCCAGCCCCCACGUGACGUGAUUGCAUCUCCCAUUGCCGUAGAGAUGGGGAACGUGUUUGGUUCCUAGGGAGACAAGUAUAAACAAACACCAUGUAUAGAGGAUCGUGAUCGUGAUCACGUGCAGCAAAUGAGAUUGAUCUAUAUCAAGAAAGAGAUCGAUUCCUAUGUCUGCAAGCUCUACCUAGUACAUAAUAAAGAAUUAGAUGCUUACAUAUCGCUAAUUAAUACAUAUGAAUACAUUGAUAAGGAAAUGAUGGCUGUAUAUACAUGAUCAUAACAAAGCAGUUGAUACUAGCAUUUCUGAUUUACUAUUGCUGUACAUUAUAUUUUACAGUAUAUAGUGCAUAUUAUAAUGUAUAAAGUGUACAUAGUGCUGAUUAAAUUGCUGUUCAUUAAUAAAGUGCCUAAAUACAGCAAGUAAAGUGAAACACAUGCAUAUAAAAUGCUUAUUAGCUAAUAAAGUGCACUAUUUAUAAUAAAGUGCUGUAUAACAAUAAAGUGAAACUUGUGCCCUAAAGAUUAGUGAAAAAAAUAUCAUAUUAAAGUGAAAAGUAGUGUGGAAUUUUUUUUUUAUAUAUUGUAAUCAAUAGUAUCCUUCCUUAUAUGGCCAUUUGUCCUAAUCAAUGAUUCAAAAUUAAUCAAUAUAUUAAAAGAAAAAGGUUUUUUAAUAAAAAAUUAAAAACAUAAUUUCUAGGGGUGUUUAUUCUAGAGGAAUGAAUGAUAUGAAAUUAUUUCAUUAAGUCCCUCGGAGCGAUGGUAUUAAACUGGAAAAUCCCAAAUGUCUCUCUGUUAAGCAAAGGUUUUCCACGAUCACCACCUCGCAAAGGUUGAUGGAUGUGGUCAAUUGCAAUGAAUUUAAGUGUUGAGAGUGGGUUUUCAAGUCUAAAAAUGUUGAGCCACCGGUUGUUCGGAAUGUCCUUCAUGAUAUGCCACUCGUAUACCUAAUCUGUGGCCACGUAUUCUCUCACAUAAAGGGGUUUCUGUUUUUCCAAUACAUGAUAGUCCAUAAGGACACGUUAAUUUGAAUAUUACAAAGGGGAUCUUGCAAGUGAUGGUAUGUCGGAUCCCGUAGACUUUAUUUUUAUGAGAAUGUUAAAAAGUGCGUGAUGGGGUCAUGUGGCUACAUGUAACACAUCCCAGGCAGCGAACUCUACCACGGUUUUUGGUUUCUUUGAAGACCUUAGGCAGUUUUGUUUGAUCACUUUGACAACCUUUGGAGAAACAUCAUUGUAGGUCAUAGGAAACACCAUUGCUGGGGCUUUUCUGGCCACCUUAUUGGCGCUGGAAGUUUUUGCCUCUUGUAGCGCUUUUAAUAGGUCUGGUGUCUGUAGCCUCGUGCAAGACAUUUUUGUGUAAUUUCUUCAAUUUUUAUUCCUCCAUUAUAAUUUCAUAUAUUGCGCUUUGGGUAGCAAUUUUUUUAACGCCUUUGGAUGUGCACUUCUGUUGUGUAACAAAGUGUUUCGAUCUGUUUCCAUUGUAUAGGCAAUGUGUAAUUUUCUGAUUUUUGAUUGAUAUUUCUAAAUCCAGAUAUUGUACUGAUGUAGUGCUGAUUUUUGAUGUAAAUCUGAUAGGCGUCUCAAGAUCUUGAGGGUUCAGACUGAUAAGCUUUGCUAAUUUCAGAGUCACUAAUCUCCUUUCUUCUGUUUGCUGAUUAACUUUCUCCCCCAAACUGCCAACAUCCUCAGUUCAAACUGCUAACCUCUGCAGUCUUUGAGUUAUGUGGCUGUAGCUGCUGAUGGCAAUGAUAAUAUGUUAGGUUCAAUGUUCAAAUCUUGCUCAACCAGCAUGCCCCUCUUUCUCUGAAAAUCACAGAUCACAUACUAUGUUAAUAGGUCUAAAUAGAUGAACACAGGCAACACUCCAGGUUUAAGAUGGGAAGUUAAUUUAUGGGUAAACCACCCCAUAAAAAGUGUAAAGUGCAAUGUCUCAGCUCAGCAGAGCCCUAAUCAUGCUUAAUCUGCUGAGCCAAAAUGUCGCUCUUUGCACUUUACCAACUUGCCAUCUUAAUCCUGUGUUCAUCUAUUUUGAUAGUAAGUUAGUAGAUUUAGUGGUGCCCGUCUGAUCAACUCCUUGGUGGAUGGCCAGAGCUCUUACGUGGAACCUAUGUGCAGGGUUUACUGCUUUCUGGGAUGUGAAUAGGUUGUUCCCUUCAGUAUGUUAGAUUUUGUUAGUUAGUAUGUUGUAUCAACGUGACAUGCUCCCCUUUAUCCAUAAGUCAAAUUAGUCCCUACUUUAUUCCAUGUUUAACUAAAAUACUAAAGUAGAUUAAAAAAACAAGAGGAAAUAAGGGGACCAACAGGGAUUAAUUUAAAAACAAAACCUGCAAACAGACAGUACAGUUUUAUAAGCAAGAUGGUUGGAUAAUAAUUCAAAUCUUUAACCUUUAACCUUUUUAUUUUCUAAGUAACUAUUUUCUUUUUGCAAUUACAAACAGGAAGCAUGGAUGAAAGAUGGAAAUGGAAUAUGGAAAACUGCAGUACUUUGUAUCAUAUAAAAAAUGGUACACGAGUGAAGGUCAAGCAGAGAGGCCUUUAUAUGAUACAAGUGCAAAUAACCUGCGGAGUCGGACUCCCAGAAGAGUCUAAAGAUAAUGGAAGCAAUUACAUUGAAUUUAAGGUAUCACCCAACAGAGAUAGAGCUAUAGUAAAGAGCCUAUAUCUUCCACAUGUUACAAAUGAAACACAACAGUCAUCUUACUCAUUGGAGACUAUUUACCUUUUAAGUAAAGGGGACAUUUUGGAGUUGAAACUAAACAUUAAUCGGCCUCUGAUUUUUAAUAGGAAAGAAAGCACUUUCUGGAGAAUUCAUAAAAUAGACAUAUAAGCUUGUUAUAUGUUUGUAAGCUUUGAUUGUCAAAUGAGAGGCCGGGGAAUACAAC